GAGAUAACACAUGAGUAUAUAUGCUUCUUAGUCAUAUCUUCUUGCCUGCAGUGUAACUUUAGCAGCCAUACUCUGGACAUUACAGGAAUAACCUUCGAUUCAAAGAUCCAAAAUGAGGAAAGGCUCGAGUUUUUGGUGCACUGUGGCAUCGCUGGCAGUUUUGCUGUUGGCAUUCUCGGAUACUGUGGCUGGAGAUGACACAAUGAUCGUCAUGGACAUUCAGCAGGAGCUCAAGCACAUCGACGAUUCCCUGGAUAAGCUUUUGCUGCUGGUGAAUCCCGAGACAACAACUGAUCUUCCUCCCUCAACGGUAUCUUCAGACACACCGGCGUCCCCUGGUUCAUCGGUCGGAUCAUCUGUAGAGGCAUCAACGACACUAGCAUCAGUUGGAUCUUCAGCACAGUCAUCUUCGACACAAGCACCAGCAGAGUCAUCUUCGACACAAGCACCAACAGAGUCAUCUUCGACACAAGCACCAGCAGAGUCAUCUUCAACACAAGAACCAACAGAGUCAUCUUCGACACAAGCACCAGCAGAGUCAUCUUCAACACAAGAACCAACAGAGUCAUCUUCGACACAAACACCAACAGUGUCAUCAUCAAAUGCACCACCUGAGCAAAAGGAGUCUUUUGAGGAGAACCAAUCGUCCUCAAGCGAACAGCCCGAACCGUCCUCAAGCGAACAGCCCGAACCGUCCUCAAGCGAAAAGCCCGAACCGUCCUCAAGCGAACAGCCCCAAUCGUCCUCAAGCGAACAGCCCCAAUCGUCCUCAAGCGAACAGCCUCAAUCGUCCUCAGGCGAACCCACGUCAACCGUCCCACCCAUUCCCGUCUGCACAACGAACGAGAACGAGGACCUGUGCCUGCGCCUGACUUCGGUCCUGGACGACAUCGAGGCUGUGACGAGGACUGUGGCCGAUGGAGCCAUGGGUCAGAGUGAGCUGGACGAGCUGAGGAACUGCUCCACGAGGCUUGACGACGUGAUUGUGGACAUGCACAACGACACAGACUUCAUCGCCAGCAGCGUCGACGUCGAGGCGCUGAUGUCGAGGAAAGAUGCUCUCGACCAGGUGUUGACGAAGGCUGAAGAAGCGGUGGAGGCGGUGCUGUCAUCAGGCGGAGACGAUUACGACCCGACCCUCGCUAUUGUCCUCGGCACUCUGGGGGGCCUCCUGGCAGUUGGCAUCAUCGGCUACGUUGGCUUUGCCUUCUACAAGAAGAAGCAGGCAAAAAAGGCACGUUUGAAUGACAAUCCCAUGAGAAGUAUGGAAAGAGGAUCAGGGCAGGACAACAGUGCAUUCGCCGGCAGCAGCAGCAGAUUGAACUAGGAAAAAGGGGUCAUAUAGUACAGACUCAUAUUCUAUCUCUGACUUUUCGACUGGGCAAUGAGUAAAAAAAGAAAUAAAAGGAGAAAUAAAAGAGGACAUGAUUACUCCGAUUGUGUUGAAGGCAGAGAGAAGAGAUAAAUAAAUUAGUAUUACUGCUACUAAUAACGAUACUGGUAAUAAUAAUACAAAAGUAUCGUACAUAAGAUUUUAAAAUUUUAAGACAUGUUGUAUAUAUAAAUGAUAAGCAUCAGCUGAUUAAGAUAAAAAAAAAAGGAAGUUGAAUCAGAGUGCCCCAGAGUCAGGAUGAGUUGCCAGUUUAUUUUUUCCCCUGAGAUUGGACACAGUGUAAUGAAUUUUAGUUAUGCCUACAGGAAACCAGCGGAAAGUUAGGAGGGAACCAUACUGUAAUUUCUUUUCUAUAUUUGAGAUCUUAGUGUAAUUUCUAAGUAUAAAUAUGUUUACAUAGCUCUGUCGUUUUGCGUGUUCCAUUGUGUUAGUGUAUAUUGCAUUAUGUCUUAUACGUACCUUUUAUGUAUCUUACAAUCAUGUAACUUUUAUAUAAUGUGCUUUAGCCGACUCAAACAAGAACGAAAACAUUA